GAGCGAGGCCGCAAAGUGGUCGAGCAGGAGCUGGUUGAUGCCAGUGAGCGUGUGGGACUGCUGCACUCCCAGGUAAAGUCUACAAAAUGCCCAAUUAAAGAUGUGCUUCCCAUGUAUUACUUUUAUCAUAACUUGUUUAGAACAUUAGCCUCAUCAACACUAAGAAGAAGCUGGAGGUUGACCUUACAAAGGUCCAAGGUGAAAUGGAAGACACUGUCCAGGAAGCAAGAAAUGCAGAGGAGAAGGCCAAGAAGGCUAUUACUGAUUAAUCCAGCCUGAAGAAGAAGGAGCAGGACACCAACUCUCACCUGGAGAGGAUGAAGAAGAACCUGGAGGUCACAGUGAAGGACCUGCAGCACCGUCUGGAUGAGGCAGAGAAUCUGACCAUGAAGGGCGGAAAGAAGCAACUCCAGAAACUGGAGGCCAGAGUCCGUGAGCUGGAAGGUGAAGUUGAAGCUGAACAGAGACAUGGAUGCUAUCACAGGGGUCUGCAAAUAUGAGGGAAGAGUCAAGGAGCUCACAUACCAGACUGAAGAGGACAAGAAAAAUGUGAACUUGCUCCAGGAUCUGGUUGACGUGCUGAGGAUGCCAUAAGUACAAUACUUGGUUGUCUUGACAUCUUGCUUUAUUGAGAUUUAUUUAUGUAGUGUUACAAGGUGCAGAAACUUUGGCAUUAGUGUAUUAGUCUUUGUUUUAGCUUUAUCGCAGAAGGGACAAUCACUGCAUGUAGUUUCAAUAUAUAUAUCAGGGAUGUUUCUGCAAUUGAAAUUAUUGGGAUUAUUUGAAUUAUGUAUUAUUUGAAAAUACAAUCUUUGAGAACUAACAAUCACCUAAAUAAAAGCUAGGCAGUCAGAGAAUAUAGAAAAUUCCUAAAAUAUUGAAUAUUGAAUCCUCGAUCAUCAGUUUCCAGGUCAUGGAGGAGAGAACGGAGGAGUCUAGGAGAGCACAGACAUUUUCCAAUUGGGAAUGUCCCAUAAUGUACGGAAAUGCUUGGACUUUCCUUGGCUAAUGACAAAACAAAAAAUGGAGCACAAUGCCUGAAAGACGGUUUUGCUCGAUCAACUAUUAAAUCAGACUUCUCAAAGGCAUAUGUGAGAUGUUCUGGGCUCUAUUUCGUAGAUUUCGAUUACACUGAAGUAAUAUAGAAAAUUCCUAUCAAAUACAUUGGCUUAUAAUUUGUUAUAUAUUUCACUACAUUUAAUACCAAAUGACUAUUGAUACUCACACACAAUUCAAUAGUUAAAACUUAUCCCGUUUUGAUUUAACCAACCGCUCCCAAUGAUGGAUUUGAUGUACAUAACUUUAUAGAUAACGACAAUGUGUAUUACUAAAAAAUAAACUUCACCUCUUUACUAAAGGUGAGAGACAAGCAUGAAUUUCUAUGUGCUUUUUGUUUUACUUAAACUUGUCGCCUGCCUUCGCGCCUCACCUUUGGGAAAACGACUCGGAUAGUUAGGACGCAGAUAUGAGCAUCUAGUGUCAUCUACAGAUGUCUGUUUACAGUCACGUAGCGCCUUUGACACGCAAUCACAAGGGUGUGGUACUGUUGAUGUUAAUGCUGCGUUUAAAACGUCAGCGAUCUUCAGGUCGGAAAGUCGGAGCUCUAGAAAUAGUUGGAAUACCGAGUUGGAUAACCGUUGAAAUAGAUUUUUCCCAGUCGGAGCAGUUUUUUCCCCCAAAAAACCCAGUUGUUUGGAACGCACUUGAGUCAGAAGUAAGAGCUUUUCGAUUACCGAGUUGUUCUGAACGCAGCAUCAGUCCACUUUCCUCCCACCCCCCAACAAGUGUGUCUUUCAUCCGAACAAGAGCCAGUUUCUACGCAACUUGGCAUCCUGGGAGUGGCGGUUGAUUCAAUAUGGCGGCAGCAAAGGAAGGAAAUAACAACUCAAGAUUUUGGGGGACUAAUUGACAGUAUCCUUUUACAUGGUGUCCAUAAAAGACAGCCCCCCGUAUAGGAAACGUUUUGAAGUCGAAAUUGUCAGUAUGCUUUCGAUGACGGUAGGAUACGUUUUUAUUAACAAGUCUGGAGUUGGUAUGAAGCUAACGUUAGCUAGCUGUUAUGCAUGCACAUCGCUAACUAUAUGUAAUUAGCUUGCUUACUAGUUGUGGAGCUUUUCUAGCUAACGUUAACUAGCUAUCUAGGGGUUCCUCACCUGGCUGGAAAACUAUCAUAGCUAGCUAGUUUGUUUGCUAUGGCCGGGAAUGUUAAAUACCAUGUUAGCAAGCUAACUUACAUUUUUGUAUCUAGUUAACGUUAGCCGGAUUCUCAUGGGAAGUUAGCUAUCCUUUAACGUACCAUGUUCAAAGCAAGCCUUGCCAGCUAGCUGGCUAUAAAGUUAUCAACACAUGCCAGGAACUUGAUGAACCCACUUCAGUAGCUUGCCUUAGCCAACUUCAACAUGGUGCUUUUUAUUGAAGUGAGGGUCUUGUUAGAGACCAAAUAUAUUUGCAUAAUUAAAUUCACACAGCAUCAGAUGAAGACCAACCUGUGGUGUUAAUUCCGGGAGUCAGCAGAGAGGGACACUUGCGGACAGCCUUUUAAGUCAGUAUCAGGCACCAGCAGCAGUGAGAGAAAGGUGAAGAUGAGGGCCAAUUAUAGCAGUGAGAUCCGAAGAGAGGCUCCUCUGAGCCGGGGCAAUAAGAAGCAAGGCCAGCGUCUUUCUCUGUCCUCGAUGGUUCGAGGGCAGCUCCAGGCCACCCCUGCACCUACAGUCCCACCCCCCAACCCAGCCACCCAGCAGCAUCUCCUCACCACUCCACAGGCGACCCAGGCUACGAACAGGACCUCUCUGAAGGACCUCUGUCCCCAGGAUAAGCGGCGCAUCGCCAACCUCAUCCAGGAGCUGGCCAGAGUGAGUGAAGAGAAGGAGUCGUCGGUACAGAGGCUGAGGGACGAACAGGAGACCUUUGAGCGCAAAAUCCUACAGCUUGAGCAGCAGAACCAGCUCAUUGUACAGGAGAGAGAGAGCCUACAGCAGCAGUAUCGGGAGUGUCAGGAGCUGCUUGGGCUCUACCAGCAGUACCUCUCUCAGCAGCAGGAGAAACUCAAUCAGUCCAUAGCCCAGCUCAGCCACAUCCGCAGCUCCCACUAUAACACCCAAAGCAAGGCCCCCAGCAGCGAGGGAGCCUCCACCAAGCUUAACAGGGGAGAGAGGGCCACAGCCUUGGAUGGCUCCUACCUAGACCUGCCCACUCUUGGAGAAACGGGGACAAACAGAGGAGGAAGAGAGCUAAAUAGUGGAGGAAGAGGAGCGGGAGGAAGAGUCCCAUGCCUGAGUCCUGCCUCUCUCUCGGACGACCUUCACUCAGACACCCCCCCUCCCUAUUCCUCCAGCGACCAAUCCCAGGGACCAAUGAAACCACUGGGCUCCCGAGGAGGGGCCCAUAGCGAGCUUCGUCUAGCGUCCCAACGCAGCAGACAGGAAAGUCUGGUCAAAGGGAGGUUCCCCCAUAGGGGGGCCACAGAAGCCCCUCUACUGGGCAACACCAGCCCGCUGCUCCACAACGGCCCUGGUGAACUACUCAAAGACAGCAGAGGUCUACUUGGACCUGGAGGGUUACUACCCGGAGAAGAUCCAUCGGGGGAGGGAUUAGAGGCAGAGGGGGCCCUCACAGCACCCCUCCUGGGCCCGGAAGACUGGGAGGAGAGGAGGCACCAGCUGUUCCUGCAGAAGCUGCAGCUGGAGGUGGAGAGAGAGCGGCUGCAGGCACGGCUGGCCCAGCAGGAGGAGCGUCUGAUCAGACAGAACCAGCAUCUCCGACACACACGCCUAGACUACAGCAGGUUCCAGCAAGCCACUUUAGACAAACUCAGCCACUCAAUGUCCAGAAAUGGGACCGAUCCUUUACCCAACAGCCGUGCACUACUCAGUGAGAUGAGAGGGUGUGACGAUGCAGAGGACUUGGCAGAGGAGCAAGAAGUACCUCCACACAAAGAUUAUACUGCACACAUCCCCCUGCAAAACUCCAUACACUCCCCUGAGUCCUGUCAUAACAAGUCCAGGAGGGAUAUAGCCACCUCUCCUGUGUUGCCCCAGAGCAUUCUCAAAGCCACCCCAGCACCGGUGAUGUCCCCCACCCUACCUAGGACCCCCCACGCUAGGCUGGACUCCUCAUUGAUUGAGUUGUUGCAGGUCUUCAGUCCCAUCUCUCUGCCCGAGCGAAACAGCCCCUCCGCCUAUCAAGGCAACCCUACCCGAUGCCAGCCCCCCCUCAGUGUCCCCAAACCAGCCCGACAAGCUCUCCUCUCCCACCCUGGCCCUUACCAGACCCCCCAACAGGACCUGGAGGAGAGCCAGAUACUGGAAGAGAUUUUCUUCAUCUGCUGAUUCGGGGGUCCGGAGGUAGUUACCCUGAGGGGGACAAAAUACAAUUCUUAACAAUUUACUUGAUAUUUACCAUUGGCUCCUAAAUUGAGGUCAGUGCCUUCUGUUUGUUUUGGUUUGAAAUGUCCAAAUAGGACAAUCAUGAUUUAGGUAUUUGUACGAUUGUAUUUUUAUAAUGCAAUUGUUUUUAUAUUGAUUGUUUUUUUAUAUUAAAUGUAAAUAAAUGUAAAGAAUUUUG